UGUGCUUAUGUGUGCGGCUCAUUUAAUAUAAACUAUUAAACACUGGAGCAAUGAGUUUAACCUCAGUAAGGGUAUCAAUGUCUUCAGCCAUGUCAAGCAGGAUUAAAGACAGCUCGUGGAACAAAUCAGCUGAAGCCGUCAGUUGUAAAGUCAGUAUACGUCCAUUCAAAAGUGCCGAAGAGCUGAGCUGCCAGAAUAGUACAAGUAAUGUUAAGACUACAGCGAGGCUCUCAGUUCGGCAGGAGAAAGAAGAAGCUACAGGUUUGAUGAUCGUGUCUAGGAAAAAGCCACAAACUCUUCGGCCCUACAAACCACCCCACAAAACAAAGUGGUCAAAAGAGGUGGAGAAGGUACCAUCUCUACAGACACUAACCAGGGACCGUAACAGCUUGGUCUGUAGCAGCCUCGAAUAUGACACCUCUCACUGGUGCUUCAGCUCAUUAGAAGCGGAUGAACCAUUUAAAGUACCCGAGCCUGAUGGAAUCAUGAAUUCUCAGCAAUGUCAAGAGGGAUUUGAGAAGAUCAGAACCAGUACACCACACAAAAAUAGAAUUAGAGAUUCUAAACAAGAGUUUCCUGAAGAUCAGUUACCUGCAUUUGAAAAGGAACUUCACUCGGAACCUGUUUCUCUGAGCUUCGAUGAUGAGCUGGUGAAGAAAGACGUGAAAGUUCUCACUCUUCGAGCUGCAUCUGUUUAUAAAGGCUUACCGAUAGUGAGCGAAACAUACCCUGUAGUGUUCACAACUACAACUACACAGCAUCAACAUAAGCCCUUGAAAAGUCCUGGUUUCCACACUCUAAGCUUCCCAGAACAGGAACCUGCAUGCAAAAAAGGCCACAUGAACUCAGCCAACAUCCACAGAACCAAACCCGUAGAGACCUUGGACAUUUCGAGCCCAAAAAAGAUAAAAAGCCGUCACCCUCACAGGUUUUACCAACAAUCUGGGCUUAAACUAAACCAAAACAGGGGUUGUCGGGUGAGCAUGUGUGUGCUCUCAGCAAAUGGGAUGGUGAUCAGGUUUCCAGAAAUGGGACGACCUUCUUUCCCUAAUAAUGACAUAGAUUUGAAGGGAGUGUCGUCACCCACCUAUAAAAUAUCUCCAAAGUUUCUGGUCACACCUAAAAGGAAACAUUUUUCUACUUCUGCUGGUCUUGUAAUUCAUGGCAAAAAAGCCAGUGCAACGUUUGUCCCAGGAAGAAUCCUUCCAGGUUACAGUAAACCAGUGCAGGAUACACAGAGGAGAGGGUUGAGUAGCAGUGAACCCACUACAACCCAGCAAAAGCAAAGAAGCACAGGCACAAGCACUGCUCCUGAAACUAGGACUGAUUUUCUGAAACUGAUUUCAAAACUAGUGAAGCACAGUCAAAACUAUGUGAGCAGCUCAAUCACAAACAAACAGAUAAAGAUCAGUGAUGCACCAGAGCUGUCCAAAUAUGUAAUCGAAAACACAGACUGCGGUGUUACUGGUGUGAAUGGAAUAAACCUUUCUAGAUCUGCCAGCAGUGCAGACGCUACAUCUCUAACAAAGGAGACUGUGCCAACAGGUUGUAUUUCUGAAUACUCCGACACAUCAGAUUUACCUAUUAGCACUGAGAAUUCUCUCAGAUUUGGCUCUUCCUUACAGCAGCCACAACCAAUAUUCAUUCCAACUGCUUAACAUUGAAAUUAAAGGGUGUUUUAUUUCGACUGCCCCUGUAUUUUUAAGGUUGCCAGAGCAGAUGAUUCUGGUCAACAUAACUAACUUGGCCCAGGAAAUGAAAAGAACAGAGGAGAGUACAAAGUACAAGUCAGAUUCAGACCCUUUAAGGUUAAUUGUGUUACUAUUAAAUGUUCUUGGGACCUGAAGUUAUUAUAAAAAUAAUAAUAAUAAUAAUAAUAUGUCAAUAAUAAUAAUUAUGUAAACAAAAUGCUUCUGAAAAAGUAUAAAUUAGAAUAAAAACAAAUAAGUAAUAUUAACAGAAGAGUACACUGGUGGUUCUUUUGCUGUUUAUAGCCUGUUUUCCUCAAACGUCUGUUCCAACUAGUUUCAGCUUCUGAAGAGCGAGUUUUAGACAGGCUUUAGAUGGAUAGUUUUGCUGGACAUGGCACUUUGAUCGCCAAACCAUAACACUGUUUCACACAGACUGCUAACCCUGUUUGUAGCAAGCUGAUCUCAGCAAUCCAAGUAAAAAUGUU